AUGUCGGAGUCUCAUGGUGCUGCUUCUCUGCGUGUGUCUCACCCUAUUCAUGUAGACAGAACCUACGAAAACAUAUCUGGUCGAGAGGGCGACGAUGUCCUAGCCGGCUUGACAUCAUUCAACUACUGCCCCAGCGAUAGCGACAUCUGUCCGUCCAGACCCCUCUAUGCCAUCUCCAUGACCCCGUACCUCUUUUCAGAUGGACCCUUGGAUGGUGAAGAUUUGAUCCACGCAACUUGCGGGCAUAGGAUAAGCUGCGUGGAAUGUAACGAGUCCAUGGUGGCACUCAAUCCACUCUUUGACGGAGCGGAGGCCGAUAGAGUGAUAGGACUGUGGCAGAGUAUGAAAAGAGCGUCCCGCGUUCGCAAUGAAGAGAUCAUAGCGUCUUCCAGAGCAACUGUAGAAUCUAUCGGUCAGACAACUAUCCCUUCACAUGUCUUUGUGACCAUUCCCGUACCGCAAGAACAGCUCCCUGUCUCCUGGGUAGACCAGAACAAUCCAUCGUCCUUCUUUGAGACUACUGUAGAGCUUGCUGAAUGGCGACAAGAUCACCAGGGGAACAGUAACCUUUGUCGAGUCGAGAGAUUAAGCCACCUCUUCCCUGUACUUGUCCCAUUGGGUGAAGUGGGGGCAGACGAUGCUCAAGAAGAUCAACAGUUAUGGGAUAGACUUCAGGAAAUGGAACCCGCUCAGGCUCCCAGUUUCUAUCCGACAGCCGGUCAUUGGGUUCCAGACCAUGACAUCGGCCACAUCUGGACGACGGGAACGCCUGCUGCUGCUGCCGAGAGGGACUCGACAUGGGCGCAAGGGCCUUUGACUAGUGCAGACGAGCUUACUGUUGCCUUUGGAAGUCUCUCAACUCAUGAAGAACAUGAUAGUUUGGCGCCUGCCAUCCCCGGCAAUAGUAGACCUCCUCCAACUCAAUACAUGCCUCCCGAUGAAGAAGAGCAGCCGUCUGCUGACGUGACAUUCACGCAUGGCGCUACCGGUGCUGCUGGAUCUGCUGCAUCAGGGCUUAUUCGAGGUGGAGUACGAGACUCGGUAGCAAGGAGAGAGGCAUUAAUUGAGCGAGAGGGCACUUUUGGCCCAUACGGGCCCGAUGAAGUGCAGUCUUGGACGUUUGCUAGUCCGGGGACGACUGAGAGAGAUGAUCGCUCGAGCAGGCGUCGCAAGUUGAGGUUGUGGCUGAGAAAGAAAAAGCCCAAGGCAGCCGACGUAUAA